GCACAUGAAAUUCUCCUCCAAGCCCAUGAAGACGAUACUGAUAAAGAUGUAGAAAUCUAUUUCUACCACACAAACAUGACAAAUAAGUAUCACUAUAAUCUCUCUACGAUAAAUGAGAUGGCUAUUAUUCUACCAGGCGAUGAAUCAGUAUCAGAGGUGACAUGGCAUCCAGCAUAUUUGCCACUGUAUUAUGUGCUUCUUUUUCCACAUGGUGAGCUUGGAUGGCAUGAAGGAUUGCAUCAUGCAUUGACAGAUACUGAGGAACAGCAACUUGAUAAUCAGAACAAGCAUUCUCACCUUACACAAAUAAACUUUUAUUCUUUUCAUAUCUUCCCACGCAAUACCAAAUUCUCAACGAUCCUUCGAGGUGAAAAGUUACUCCAUGAGUUUAUAGUUGAUGCAUGGGCAGCAACAGAGCAAAAUCGGUUAAGAUACUUGCAUAGGAAUCAAGAUAUACUGCAUGCUGACAUUUAUCAAGGGCUUGCUGAUGCUGCAGAAAAUAUUACAAAUGGGAAGCUAAUGCCUAAUAAUCUUGGACAUCGAGUAAUUUUUCCCUCCACAUAUAUUGGCAGUGCACGUCACAUGUUUGAGAUCUUUCAGGAUUCCAUGGCUAUUACUCAAUUCUAUCAACACCCUGAUAUCUUUGGAACCAUAACUGCAAACCCGAAUUGUCCAGAAAUUAUCAAUGAGUUGCUACCCGGUCAGACUUCGGUGGAUCGACCAGACUUG